AUGUCUGACUCUCGGCGCCCCCGUGGAGAAUCUUCCAAGCGCAAGAGCCCCCAUGGCUCAGAGGACCUAGUUCCUCGCAAAAAGCAACAUCGCAAUGCCGGUGGUGAUGAAGAAACACAGUUUGGCGGCUCCAAGAACGACGAGACUCGCAACUCUAAAGGAAACCCUAGCCCGCGGGACAAGGAUUUUACAUCAGUCAACGACUUAAAGAGGCGCAUUCGGGAUGUUAAGCGUCUCCUAAAUAAGGGAAAGCUGCCCGCAGAUGCUCGGGUGGUGCAGGAACGAGCCCUGGCAGGAUAUGAACAAGAUCUGGCGGACGAAACAACACGGCGCGAUCGCUCACACUUGAUCAAAAAAUACCACUUUGUUCGAUUCCUGGAUCGCAAAACCGCCAGCAAGAAUCUGAACAAACUUCUCCUCCGCGAAAAAGAGCAAGACGCCGAGACCGACUCGAAACAAAAGGCCCGUCUUCAAAAAAAGAUUCAUGAGGCUAGAGUCAGCCUGAACUACACAAUCUACUACCCCCUCACCGAGAAAUACCUAUCGCUCUACCCCAAAUCCCAGGAGAAGGCCUCCAAGGAAGCCGGUGCAGAGUCAGAGUCGGAGGUAGACACCAAAGACUCAAAGACACAAGAACCAGGAGCCAAACCUCCUCUCUGGGCAGUUGUGGAGAAGUGUAUGGCAGAUAACACCAUUGACCGUCUCCGCGAGGGCAAGUUGAACAUUGGAUUCGAUGGCAAACCCCUUCCCGUCACCGAGAAGUCAACGCAAGAGGUCAAAGAAAAGAAAAACAAGAAGCCGGAGUUUAACGAAGCUCAAUUUGGCUCGAGGAGAGAAAGACGUGCUGCUGCAAACUCUGUACCCAACGGCAGACGGGACCAGAAGAACUACUACGGUCGCGAGAGAGAUCGCUUGCAAGAUGUGGCACCUGUGCAGCACACUACUGUUGGGGAUGACAGUGAUGGCGGAUUUUUCGAUGAAUAA